AUGGAAAUUAACCCUCUUAAAAUUAAAACCUGUAUUCUUAACAAUAACGAAAUUGAAUUUACUGAAUUAUUAAACAAUGGUUUAGACCCGAAUUUAGGCGGUGGUUGGCCUAUCAGAUUAGCAGCACGUAAUGGAUGUCAUUUGAUAGUGAAAUCUUUGUUGCAGCACGGUGCUAACCCUCAUUUAUUAAGUGAUGCCGGAGCAUCUACACUUCAAUUGGCCGUGUAUUCCGGAGAAAGCUGGUGUGAGGGUAAAUGGAAUUUUUUACUGUCUUACUGUGACUCUUCGCAACUGGCUGAUGGAGCUGCCGUUGCUAUAAUAUUCCAAAAUAUUUUAGCAUUAAAGAAUAUUUUGGCUACGCAACGAUGCAACACAAAUAUUCCAACUACUUUAACUGGCAAAACGGUGGAAGAAUUAGCAAAAGGCUAUAAACUGCAUCAUUUUUUAACUUCUUCAGACGUCCAAAGCCAGAAUAAUACUACACCGCCACAGUCCCCGAGGUGUUCCAGGCAAACUUUGUUGAUCGGUGUAGCGAGAUUAAAAAUGUUAAUUCCUAACUUUGCUAUGCUGUUGACUAUCGGCACCAUGCGUAAUAUCAUUGAUAUACGUCUGAGAUGGAGUGCAUAG